AGAGUAGGCAGCCACGGCCAUUGCUGGGGGCGGCACCUUCCUGACAGUGCCACGCCACCACCUCCUCACCAGCUUGUUGUCUCGCGUCCCGCCACACGCCAGCACACACCCACACAAGACAGGCGCUGCUUGGAACACUCUCCUCUCACUCUCUCUCUCCCCCAGGAAUAUUCCUUGCCCUCUCCCUCUCUCGUCUUUCCCUCUCGCCAUGGAUAAGAAUGGCUAAGAUCGAGAACUGAACGAGACUCCAACUGGUGCGUCUGUUCCUGGAGGACUCCACCUGUGAGUCCCCAGCAUGCGUGGCGCGGCGCUGUGCGUGGCGUGCGGGGACCUGGCUGAGGGCGGUGAGGUGUGUGCGUGCGGCGUGACGCGCGGGGCACUUCAGGAAAGCACGCAUGGUGAGGGGACAAAGGCUGAGGAUGCACCGUCCCGCCCCUGCUGCCGCGGAGCCCACAGGUGUGGCGCGGCAGCUGUGGGCGGCCUGGCGGUGGGCGUGGUGCAGCAGGCGUGCGAGACGUGGGGUAGGGCGACGGCCGCCCACCCCGCCCGCGCCGUGGUGGUGGUGGUGGCAGCGGUGGCGGUCUGCAGCCUGGGCUUCCUCAACCUGCGCAGCGAGUGGCGCCACUACCACCUGUGGGUGCCGCAGGACUCCCUCUUCGCCCAGAUGAAUGCGUGGCGCGCGGAGCACUUCACGCAGGAGCCGCGCACGCAGGUGGUGCUGUGGCACGGCGCGGACGGCGUGCUGACGGCCGCAGCCGUGCAAGACAUGUGGCGCCUACACCAGCGCGUGGCGGCGCUCAAGGUGACGGUGGACGGCCAGCAGGUUGGGUGGCAGGACGUGUGCCUUAGGGUGCCCCGCCCCCCGGGGGAGGGCGCCAACAUUAGCGUGGCAGUCAUCCUGGAAAAAGUGGGCGCGGCGCUGGGCGCGGCGGUGAGCGGCACAGGGCCCGGCCUGCCUAGUGGCCUGCGGGAGGAGCUGUGUGGGCAGGUGGAGGCAUGGCCCACGCGGUGCCUGGAGCACAGCCUGCUGGGGGUGUGGGGCGAGGACGCGGCGCGCAUCGCCAACCUCACGGACCAACAGGUGCUGCAGGACGUGAACGCCGCCGCCGCGCUGCCCCCGCUAGGCGGCGUGCGGCGGGACGGCGCCGGGCGUGUGGUGGUGGCUGCCUCCGCGCUGCACACGUGGACCACGCGCGUGCAGACGCGGCACAAGCUGGUGCUGGACCACAGCUCGGCGCGCCGCGUGGACCAGGCGGGGCUGCAGUGGGAGGAGGCGCUGGUGGGGGAGGUGCGGGCCGUGGCGGGGCAGGGCGGCGUGGUACGGCCCCUGGUGGGCGCGGCACACAGCCUGGGCAAGGCGGCCACGGACGCCGUGACGCGGGACCUGCGGUGGGCAGCGGCGGGCGGCGUGGUGGUGGUGGUGUACGUGGUGGCCACGCUGCCGCGUCCCCUGCUUGCGCUGCUGGGGCUGGUGGUGGGCGUGCCGCUCACCCUGCUGGCGGCGUACGGCCUGUGUGCCGCGCUUGCCGUGCCCUUCAGCUUCCUCAACGCCAUGCUGCCCGUGCUGGUGGCGGGCCUCGGCAUCGAUGACAUGUACGUGCUGGCGGCGGCCUGGGAGGUGGUAGGAGAGGGAACGGGGGGUGUGGCGGAGCGUGGCGGGCGUGCACUGCGCCGCGUGGGCGUGGCCAUCACCCUCACCUCCCUGACAGACGUACUGGCCUUCCUGGUGGGCGCCUCCACGCGCCUGCCUGGUCUCAGGUGGUUCUGCCUGUACGCCGCCGUCGCCACCGCCUGCGUCUUCUUGUUGCACGUGACGCUGUUCGUGGCGGCACUCGCCCUGCACCACAGGCGCCGCGAGGACUCCGCCAGCCGAUGCGCGCCCCCCUGGGGUGGCGUGGUGCGGCGCGGCAUGGCGAGGUACGCUGACGUCCUGCUAAAGCCCUGGAUGGCGCCCGUCGUGGUGGCGGGGGCGCUGGCCCUGGCAGGGGGCAGCGCCUGGGCCGCCGCGGGACUGCGGCAGCAGUUCAUCCAGACGGAGUGGUUCCUGCCGCCCUCGUCAGACCUGCACCAGAUGCUGCAGGCGCGGCACGAGCAGUUCCCGCGUGAGGGCGACCAUGGCUAUGUGUACUUCGCCAACGUGACGCUACCCCGCGACCUGCCUGCCCUCACCCGCCUGGCCGCCGCUCUGCGGGCGUCGCCCUACGUGCAAAGCGUGGGCGCCUGGUUCCUCGCCUUCCAGGACGCCGUUCCGCCGGGCGUGGCGCCACUAUCGCCGCCACAGUUCCACGAGGCGCUCUCGCUCUUCCUGCACUCGCCGCUGGGCGUGCGCUACACUUACGACAUGGAGUUUGCGUCGCCGCUGCGCUGUCGCCGCGCCGCGCCGCGCGUCACGGCCUUCAGGAUGCACCUGCAGCACCGCGAGCUGCGCACCAUGAAAGAACAGCGAGCGGCGCUGCGCGAGGUGCGGCGGCUGGUGGCGGAGGCCCCGGUGGGCGGGUUCCGUGGGGCGUGGGCGGACGCGUACAGCCAGUGGGAGACGGGCGCCAUGAUCGGCGGCGAGGCGGUGCGCGGCCUGGCGCUGGUGGUGGUGAUGGUGGGCGGCGUGGCCCUGGCUGUGGUAGGCGCAGGGCGGGCGGCGGCGCUGGUAGUGGGCAGCGUGGUGGCCACACUGGUGCAAGUGGCGGGCGUCAUGCGGGCGUGGGGCCUCUCCGUCAACACAGUGACGGCCAUCGCGCUGGUAAUGGCCGCGGGGCUCAGCGUGGACUACGCCGCCCACAUCGCCCACGCCUUCAUGUCAGUCUCGGGCACGCGGCGGGAGCGGGUGCGCGCCGCACUGGUGGACAUGGGGCCGCCCGUGCUGCACGCGGGCGUGUCCACCCUGCUGGCCUUCGCCGCCCUGGCGCCCUGCACCACCUACCUCUUCACCGCCUACUUCAGGAUCCUCACCUCCGUGGCCACGCUCAGCCUGCUGCAGGCCCUGCUGGUGCUGCCCGUGCUGCUGACCCUGAUGGGGCCCGCCACGCACCACACCACGCCACAAGAAGACACCUCCAAACCACCCACCACACCCCCCAACACCGCACCCUGCACCACCGCGCCGCCACACACCACGCCCACACCCGCCACACCCUCGGCAGCCACGCCCACACCACACGCCACAUCCUCACCUUCACACACCACACCCUCACCCAACACACCAUCCCGCAGCCCACCCCACCCACACGUGCCUCCGCCACCCACACCUCCCAUCACCACACACGCAACCACACCUUGGACCUCUCCCUGCACUACCACCGCCUCGCCACCCUGACCACCCACACACCACGGCAACACUUCCCCGCCCAGCCUCACCACACACCAAACCUUCACUUCCCCCAUGGCGGCCGUAGCAAAAAUGAAAAUAAGAAUGCUUUCGAAUGACAGCUGAGAAAAAAGAUUACGUACAUUUCAACACACACACACACAUACAAACACACACACACAAAAAAAAAAAAAAAGCAGUCUUAAAAAUAAGAUACUGUUCUACCACGUGACUGACCUGUAUGGCGUGGUCCUCACACAGGUACAUAAGACACAUCACAUUCUCUUCCUGUCACACGUGAACAGGUCAAGCAAAUACCAUCUCGUCUUACUCGUCUCACAACUCACUAUUUCCUCAGUACUCACGCUUCGUUCACUUCCCCAGCAAUAGUUCAUUUUCUCAGCUAUCCUGUUCUAUAUUCUGCAUCACUAAAUCGGCGGAUAUUCGGUUUUUUUUCACGUAAAGUUAGUCAGGAGUCGGGUACACUAACGCGUGUUGAGUUUUGUCGUUUACUGAUGACGUCACACGUCACUUCAUGGCGUUCGAGUUUGAUUUUUUCCUGCUCUCUCUCUUUUAGUAAUUGAAGGAGUGCUAUUUGAUGAAAAGCUAAUGCAGGAAAUUAAGACAAUUGUGUUUGGCUUGUGAAAGAAGAGGGAACACCAGUGGAAGAGUGCAACAAACUAAAAACAAACUAAUCCACCGACUGAACUGAAAAUAAAUAAAUAAAUAAAUAAGUUCAUUUCUCUCUCUCUCUCUCUCUCUCUCUCUCUCUCUGAAGGGUCAACAAAUAAAACACCAGUUUCGGUACACAGCCUUUUAUAUUUAAAAAUCCAUAAAGCAUUAUUGAGUAUCAAAAUCUCAGACAUCAGCGUGACAAAGGUGGCAUUCCUACUGUUCGGUCACUUCGGUACUCUCUCGUCUAUAUGAUCAACAUUGCCUUAACUAGCAUAUUGUUUUAUGUAUUAUUAUUUUCCUCUAUACUAGUCUACCUUAGUAUUAUACAGUGAGCCACGUGGGGAAACAAAGGGAAGGGAAAGAAAGUUUGUUUCCCUCUCUCGUUAUGUUUAAAUAAAAAGAUUAAAGGCAUAGAGAAGAAAAGAGGAAAAAUAUAUAUUCUUCCUCUUUCAAGUCUAAAUAACACUGAAGGACAAUGAGAAAAAAAUCAUAUGUUCUUUCUCUCCCUCAAGUUUAAAUAAAAAGAUUGAAGGAAAUAUACAAAAUAAAGAGAAAAAAUGUAAUCUUUCUCUCGUUUGAAUAAAAAGAUUGAAGGAAAUAUAGAAAAGAAAGAAACAGUUUAUUCUUUCUCUCCCACAAGCUUGAAUAAAAACAUCUUAGGACAGAGAAAAAGAAAAAAAUGUAUUCUUUCCCUCGAAUUCGAAGAAAAUCUAGGGACACAUAAAAAAUCUUCCUUCCUUAAGUUUAAACAGAAAAAAAAAAAACAAUGGGAAGGGAAAGAAAAUGAGGAAGAAAAGAAAAAAAUGAGUUUAUGAAGAUAUAGAUAGGAAAAAGGAAAGCAAAAAUGAUAGGAACAGAGAAAAAGGAGAGAAUUUAACUGGACAGAGAGGAUGAAAAGAAGAAAAAGAAAAAGAAAAAAAGGGGAAGAGAAGGAAAACAAAUGAAGAUCAAUGAGAAAAAACAGAAAUUAAUCUUUAAAUUAUUCUGGCUCAGACUGGGGGAAAGAAAGGAGGAAAACAGAACAAGAGAACGAGAGGGAAAUGAAAAAGGAAACACAAAAUGACACACGCACACAUACACACACACACACACAUACACACAUACACACAAACACACCUCAUUCAAAACGCGUCCAAUCUCGAUAAUGACAAUAUUUGGAAAUGUGUAGUAGUGUGAGGCAGCGACACACAGACAGACUAUCACAGCUUUACAACACUCCCGUCUGUGCCUCGCUGGUGUGUUGCGGGUGUGUUGAGCAGAUGGCAGGUGUGGGAGGGCCUGCCACACACCUGCAUAAGGCGAAGUAAGGCUUAACCAACCACCUACUGCUGACUAUUGGGGUUUGUAAGAGGUUAGCAAUCAGCACCUCUCCUCCUCCUCCUC